ACAGCGCAGGUCCGAAAUUGUUGUUUACAACUGAUUAAAUUGGAAGAGCCUCGAUUUCCAGCUGCUUUGCAAACAACCGCUGGCCAGGAUGUCCAGCUUGCCCGGGAUUCUGAAAUGCAGGAUCUGCUUGGGCGAUUUCGAAGAUGGCCAAAUGAGCUCCCUGUUCGAGGGUGAAGACGAAAGUGACCUUAGAGAAAAGUUUGAGCUGUGCUGUAGGAUUAAGGUUCGGCAAUCCCCACAGUUGCCCGAAAAGGCCUGUAGCAGCUGCUGCGAAUUCGUCCACAUGUGGUACAACUUUCGCCAAAUGUGCUUGAACUCGCAAGUCUACUGGGAAACAAGUUCUUCGGAAUCGGAAAGACCAGACUCUCUGGCCCAGGCAAGCGAUGCCGAGUAUAUCGAGUACCUGUAUGAGAACCUACAGUUGAAACUAGGCUCAGAGAACCAGGACCAGGACGAGAUCCCCGCAAUAGAGGAGGAGGAUGAACAGCUGGAGGAGCAGUCCCAGGAAAUUCUCGAUUAUAAUGGAUACAUCAUAAACGAAUCGAUUGAGGAGGACGAUGACCCUAUUACAGACAGCCCUGAGCAGAUGUUGAUUCCCCACAUGGACUCCUACGUUGAAGAUCCAGAAAUGGAAGAACUUGUUGACAAGAGUGAGUUUGCCGAAGAACUAUCGAGUGCAAACGAUGAGUAUUAUGAGGUUGAGUACGAGGACGAGGAACUUCUCCUGCCAAGCGCUCCUUCACCACAUCCAAGCUGCAAGAUGGACAAACGGAAGCCAGGAAGGCCCCGGAAACCGGAUGGUGAACUCAAAUUCAAACGCAAGGAAAUCAACUCCAAGGAAAAAGGCAGCAAUUCUAAGAGCAAGGACGGGGACAAGUUUAUGUGCAACCUGUGUGGAAACGUCUAUUACAAGAAAUCGGUUUUCACUGCCCACAUGAUGACCCACACGGAAUACAAGCCCCACCAAUGCGAAAUCUGCACAAAAUCUUUUCGACAAAUGGGGGAAUUGCGAGCACACAUCCGUCGUCAUACGGGCGACCGUCCUUACAAAUGUAUGUACUGCGACCGUCACUUCUACGAUCGCAGCGAACGGGUCCGCCAUGAACGAGUACACACCAAUACGCGUCCUUAUGCUUGCCAGGAGUGCGGGAAAACUUUCACGCACACAGCUAUCCUCAAGAAUCACAUCCUUUCGCACUCCGGCGAGAAGAAUUACAACUGCGACGUUUGCUGCAAGUCAUUCACCCUGCUGCACCAGCUGAAAGCUCACCUACAAACACUCACCCACCGAAACAAAAUUGAGCAAAACAUUCCCAGCUCGGCGGAAAUGCUAGAGAGCUAGUUUAGUAUAAUA